GAGAGAGACAGAAGAAAGCCCAGACUGGAAGUUCAGCAGGAGAAGAUGGGAUGAUGCUGGUUUCUGUAUAACAAGUAUUGUACCACGGUUAUAAGCACCUGUGAAUGGGUUUUAUCCACGGUAAUAAAGCAACUGUAAGACUAUCACAAUCAACAGACGUGAACUGGAGGCUUAUCUACUCCUGGAAUUUGGACCUCUUCACCUAAAACCAUUCCUCCAGUGCAGGAAUCUUGUCUCUUCACAUAUAGAUAUUAUGCUGCUUUGGCUACAGUGUUAAAAACUCCAGAGGAUUUUAAUGCCAAAACCUUUUCAAUAAAAAACCAAGUAUAUACAGAGUGAUGUCAGAACCAGCUUACCUCGCCUCCCCUGCUCCUACCAACCCCACUCUCUGUGACUACAGUGACUGGUCUCCCUCAUUUUUCAUCAUCCCAUCUGUCUACCUGCUAGCAUUUCUGGUUGGUUGUCCUGGCAACAGCCUGGUGCUUUGGGCCUACCUGGACCGAGUGGAGGGGAGGAGGAGAAGGGACCGAAAGCCAGCAGAAGAUGGCCAAUUCUGCUGCAGCAACAUUUUUAGAAGCAGUCAGCAGCACAUUAACAACUCUGGCAAAGUUCAAAGUUCAAACUGUGGAUUUUCCUCUAGGCAAAGCUACAGAACAUCCUCCCAUUCCUCCACCUCAUCCUCUUGCUCUCCCUCCAUCUCCCGUCCCUCUCGCUCGCUGACUGACUCUCUAAUUGCCAGUUUAGCUUUAGCUGACCUUUGUUUCCUUGUGACUCUUCCCCUUUGGGCCGUCUACACAGCGAUGGGCUACCACUGGCCUUUCGGGCAACCUCUCUGCCAAAUCAGCAGCUUCCUCACAGCUCUGAACAUGUAUGCCAGCGUGUUCAGCCUGAGCAUGCUAAGUGUGGAACGCUACUGGGUUCUGACUGGGCGCCGGCACUCCAGCCACCACGCACCAAGAAGCUGCCCCAACAAGGCUUUGUGGAUACUUGGAGGGAUGUGGGUGCUGGCGGGAAUACUGGCACUUCCUGGUUUGCUGCUCCGCUCUGUCCGGGAGGUGGAGCUUGACCCUGAAUAUGAGGACGACUGGCAGCUGGAACCCGCUGAUUCCAGGUCUGUCUUCCUUUCUUGCCAGAUGGAUUACUCCAUGCUGACUGGAGCAGAGCUGGAGGAGGAAGAAAAAAACAGGACAGAGAUGUGGUGGGCUGCUGCAUUAAGUAUUAAAUCAACUCUUCUUGGCUUCCUGCUUCCUCUUGUCAUCUUACUGGUCUGCUACUGCUCACUGGUCCAACUUCUCAGCAGACAUUUCGGACAGGGCCCUCGUCCUGACCGUAGACGGCAGCGCAGACUCCUCAGGGUCAUUGUCACGUUAGUGAUGGCAUUUUUCCUGUGCUGGCUGCCUCUGCAUGUCAAUAAAACUGUGUCCCUGCUGCUUGAGUUUGGAUUUGUCCCAUACUCCUGCUCUUUAGAUCAGAUAUUAUUGGCUGCUCAUCCAUAUGUCACCUGUUUAGCCUACCUCAACUCCUGCCUGAACCCUCUCCUCUAUGCUGCCUGUGACCCAUCAUUUAGGAAGAGAUGCAAAGGAGCUUUCCUCGUGUUGUGCAGGAUGAAAAGUAAAGGAGCAAAGAGAAAGGAAGGGAACGAAGCUGAAGGAGUUGAAGAGAAAGGGGAGCAGAGCUCAGCUUUUCCCAUGAGGACACAGGAAGAAACAGCAGACAGGACAGAGGAGGAACAGGAGGGGGGAGUUAGGGAGAUGGGUGUUGCCACACCUGAAGAACUCAAGAAGUCAAGAUAUCAGGGUGCAAUGUUUUCUGACAAUUAAGUAACCCUAACCCUAUGUAAUGACCAGUGAAAAUAAAAUGGAAUGCAUGACACCGUGUACAAGUCAGUAUUUUCAAAAUAAAUAUUAUCACCAGAAGAAGGCAUGCAAUAUAUAUUCUGGUUUCUGAUGCUUUGUUUCCCACAGGAAAAAUUCCACCCAUUCCAUUAAGACUCCAUGCAAAACAUGCUCUCCGGUCAAACCAAAUCUUCUCAUGUAACAUGAACUGUUUCCAUAUUUUGCACUCCUGUAUAUCUUGAAUUAUUUGUUGAUUUUUGUUAAACUGUUUUUAUUAUUCAUUAUUAAAAUGAUGUGACGAAGUGAUGUAAAGAAAUUUUUUUCACUUCAUUUGUUGCAACUUUUCCUUUUAAAAAAAAGAUUUUUAAUCGUUUUAUGAAGAACACUGACUUUAAAUGGGCAAGUACAGCUGUCCUACCAUGAGCCACACUGUUCACACAGGUAUAAUGUUCACUUUUUUAUGAAGCUACUUCAAAUUUUAGAGCUUACCUCUUCAGUGCUGUUGUUACAUUCGCUUCUCUAAAGUGUUUCGAAUACUCUGGCCCCUCCAUUUGUAUCAGUAGCAGUACAAUGUGACAUCAUUUAACACCUCAAACAGUAGUCUCCAAAACAGUCAUACAGCUCAAACAAGACAUGUCAUGAAUAACUGAUUUAAAUACUAAGGAAGCCACAGGAAGUUUGAACCUGCAUGUACCUUAAAAAAAUCAACACACAAAUAUAAAGUGUAAGUGCAGCGAGGUAGAUCUUCAAUAGUAAAAAGAUAAUAUAGGUCAAAGGAUAUACAGGAUACAGUACUAAUAAUAUUGUUAAUUUGUAUUUAUUUUUUUCAUAUAUUGUAUGUUUAACAAUGAGUUAAAGUAUAAAGGAUAAAGUUUUGCCUUUGUGGUUUGUAUCCAAAUCAGACUAAUCAACCAUGGCCAAACUAAGAAAUUAAGAAUCUGACUUUAGUUCAAAUUUAAUUAAUUUCUUUUAAAUGAUCCAAGAUACCCCAGCACUGGUACUAUCCGGUGAUUCUGUCACUUUGGGCAUCAGUGGGACAGAUAAUGAACGACGAGUAUCGAACCCCGUCCAGCAGGUGGCGCUGCUGCGCUAGUGAACUGUGUGAAAACCAACAUAAAACUCAUAGAAGAUAAUUUGAGUUGAUGAAUAACUGUAAACCGUUUUGUACAGUCACUGGAUUUUGGUAUUCGUUUAUAUGUUGCACAUUUCGAUAAAAAUCUGCCAAUGCUGGAUCAAAAUUAAUUAGUCAGCGGUUCAUUUUAAACUUACUUCGUGUCCUUUUGGAAACUGUCUGCAGAAA